AUGUCCGCCAGCUCGCCUGUCUCCUCGCCCGCUCCUGAGUCUCCCAUCGCUGCUCAGCCUCCGAAGAAGGAGAAAGCUACUAAGAAGGCCGCUGCUCCCAAAGCUAAGAAGGAGACCAAGACCAAGCCCGCCGCCAAGGCUAAAUCGUCCUCCUCGCCCAAGGCAACUCCCGCUCAUCCUUCGUUCCGUGACAUUAUCAAGGUAUUCGAUCCCCAGUUAUUCCAUACCCUCUGCUCAUCCUCUGAACAGGAAUGCAUCGUCAACAACAAAGACACAGUUCGGCAGGGCGUGUCUCGUGCCACCCUCAAGAAAUAUGCCGAGGAUACCUACCAGCUGAAUACUUCGUCCGACAUCGCUCACCUGAACCGCGCUCUGGUGUCUGGUGUCGAAGCCGGCCUGUUCGUCCAGCCUAAAGGUCCAUCUGGUUGCGUGAAGCUGGCACCCAAGGUCCGAAACGAUACGAAAGAAAACUCGAAGCCUGUGUCCAAGGUUACCAAAGCUGCUACUGUUGGGAAGUCUGCCACCAAGGCCACCAAGCCCCAGGCUGCUGCAUCCAAACCAGCAGCUAAACCUAAGGCAAAGGCUGCGACGAAGCCCGUGGCUACCAAAGCAAAGGCUGUGUCGACGACGAAGAAGACCACUACAACCAAGGCCGACAAGGCUGCUCCCACCAAGAAGGUCCUCGCAGGCAAGGCCACUAAGGCUGCUCCUGCGAAGAAGACCUCAUCCAAGGCCGCUGCAGUCAAGAAGACAGUGACUGGCAAGAAGGCUGCACCUGCGACCAAAGCCAAGGUUGCAGCCAAGGCCGCCCCCGCAAAGAAGACCUCUCGUGCAGCACCGAAGCCGCGGUCAAAUGCGAAGAAGGCCACGGCUUGAUUGCGCGUGUUUCUCGUAUCUGGCAUUUGCAGCAGCUCGCAGGGGCUGUUUUAUCUUAUUCUCUCUGUACCAUCAUCCACAUAUGUACUACUCACAUAUGUACCUCUACCUAUCUGUCUCUAGGAUGUGCAUACUAUGCUCGGUGUAUCUUGUUCUAAUAGAAUGUGAGCAGACCAGUCCGAGCUUGUUGUCUUUAGCCCUUCAAAGUCGG